UCCUCCCCCUCAGUUGCAUCACAUUGAUCAAAAGGUUUUCCUGGAGAGAGGAGGAUGAAACCCGAGUUCUCCAUCGGUAACGGCGCUAUUCUCGUAUUGCGAGAUCUCUAUUGAGAAGUUAUCUUAAAAAGGGUGUUUGUAGAGAAAAUUGCACCAUAAACGGAGGAUAAACUACAUAUAGAUAGUCAAGAUGAACGACCUGUUCUCGAGCUCGUUCAAGAAAUACACGGACCUGAAGCAGCAGGCCUACAUGGACGAUAUGGAGUCAGGGAAGGAGACGGUCAACCUCGACAAGUUCUUCGAGGAUGUCGAGAAUGUGAAGGAGGAUAUGAACCUAGUGGAGCGGCUUUACAAGAAGCUUCAGGAGGCUAAUGAGGAGAGCAAGACGGUCCACAAUGCAAAGACGAUGAAGCAGCUCCGGACCCGGAUGGACUCGGACGUGGAGCAAGUCCUGAAGCGGGUCAAGAUCAUCAAGGGCAAGCUCGAGGCCCUAGAACGAUCCAAUGCAGCCCACCGGAGCCUCCCGGGCUGCGGCCCUGGGUCAUCGGCAGACAGGACCCGGACGUCGGUGGUGGGUGGGCUCGGGAAGAAGCUCAAAGACCUCAUGGACGAUUUCCAGAACCUGAGGGCGAGGAUGAACGCUGAGUAUAAGGAGACCGUGGAACGGAGGUAUUUCACGAUCACGGGGCAGAAGCCCGACGAGGACACGAUUGAGAACUUGAUCUCGAGCGGUGAAAGCGAGAGCUUCCUCCAGAAGGCGAUCCAAGAUCAGGGGAGGGGCCAGAUCCUUGACACAAUCUCAGAGAUUCAGGAACGGCACGAUGCGGUGAAGGAGAUAGAGAAGAACCUCAUCGAGCUCCACCAGGUCUUCCUUGACAUGGCCGCCCUCGUUGAGUCCCAGGGCCAGCAGUUGAACGACAUUGAGGCACAUGUUUCACACGCCAACUCGUUCGUGAGGCGUGGGACUGACCAGCUCCAGACGGCGAGGGAGUACCAGAAGAGUUCGAGGAAGUGGACUUGCAUUGCCAUCCUCCUCGGCGCCCUUGUCAUCUUCAUCAUCGUCUUCCCUCUUGUCAGGGCAUUCAUGCCAUUUUAGCCUUAAGGGAGAUCAAGAGAGACCAUUCCGCUAUCAGAAAAAUUUUGGACAGUCCCUUUCAGUUUCGAGCGGAUCAUCCUUUUUAUGUUCCAAACAAACUCGGACUGAGCGAAAGGGAAGCCUGGCAAUCCUGUUAAUUUGUAAGUGCAGCCUCCCGUAGUACACAAAUUUUUUCACUUGACUUCCAACAUCAAUUGGAUUAUAUGAAGAGGGAUGACGGAAAAGAAGCGUAAGCUGUGUACAUGAUGAAAUGAUGUAAUUUCUCCGACUUUUCACCUUUUCUAUCCCCGAUCCUCCCGAAGAUAGAGGCGAGGGGAAGAAGAAGGAAUUAACAGAAGAGAAACUUUUAUUUCGUUCGA